AUGCCCUGUCCGUUCCUGGCAGGGUUGAAAAUGGGACAUCGAACGGGAUCUUCGCCCCCUAUCGGCUCUCUGCGCUUUGAAGCUCCAGAGGACCCUAUCAACAACCGAUCUGCCGGUGUUCAAGACGGAUCGUACGGCAAGAUUUGUCCCCAGGCAUAUACCCCUUGGCAAAACAGCCAUCUUAUCACCGCCCCACCAGGAGAAGCGGAAAGUGAAGACUGUCUCUUCCUUGACGUCGUUGUUUCCAAGGCAACUUGGGACAACAGAUGUGCCGGGAAGAAUGUCCCUGUCAUGGUCUGGAUUCAUGGUGGUGGGUACCAGAUUGGUGCUAAAUGGGGUACGCCGAUGACGAACCCUAUUGGUCUUCUGGACCGCAGCUUCGAAGAUGCUGAAGGAGCUCUCUGGAUUGGUCUGAACUACCGACUAGGCGCAUUUGGUUUCCUCCAGGGUGACAAGUUCAGCACAAGUGGAGGCCAGACUAACGCCGGCUUCUUCGAUCAACGCAAGGCUUUCGACUGGGUGCAGAAGUACAUUGAGAUUUUCGGCGGAGACCCAGACCGAGUCACUGCUAUCGGAGAAUCGGCUGGUGGAGGUUCCAUCUUGCAUCACAUUACAGCGUACGGUGGAGCGAAAGAUCCAAUCCCCAUCCAGAGGGCUAUCAUCCAAAGCCCUGCAUUUGUUCAAAGACCCUACAAAUCUCAGGGAGAUGACUCGUACAACAUCCUUUUGGAUGCUGCUGAUGUUAGUAAUUUGACUGAGUUGAAAGAGCUCAGUACAUACGAUCUGCAGGUGGCCAACAAGCUCUCCCAGAAUGCUGAUAUCUAUGGAAACUUCCAAUUUGGCCCUGGACCAGAUGGAGACUACGUCCCGGACCUUCCAGGCACCCUCGUCGCACAAGGAAGAUUCAACAAGAACAUUCCAAUAUUGACUGCCCAUAACACUUACGAAGCAAAUCGCUACACGGACCCUGCAGCCACAAAUGACACUGCCUUUUUUACGUACAUAAAGCUGUACUUCCCAGAGAUCAACCAGUUUCAGCUGCUCGAGCUCGCCGUUCUAUACCCGGCUAUCUACACGGGAUUGAUGCCGUACACUACUCCAUUUGAGCGACUGAGGCUUGCGAUCUCGGAAUUCACGUUCACCUGCAACGCGCAAUUCACGGCAACUGCUCUCGGUCCCGCCCUUCUGCGCAAAUCCUACUCCUACCUCUUUUCUGCUGGCACAGGAUUCCAUACCGUCGAUGUCCCGUACACAUAUUAUACCUCCGACACCUCAGCAGUCGCCAGCACGUCACUCGCAGAAAUGUUGCAAGGCUAUUUAACGAGCUUUGCGCAAGAUGGAGACCCGAACAAAGCUAGCCUGCCGUCCUUCCCGGUCUAUGGUCUGGCAAGCACCCAGAGGAACCUCAAUAUCACGGACACCGGCAACAUCAGGGACCCAUCGGCUACCGCUCGGUGUGCUUUCUGGCAGACCUUCAAGUGAUAAGCUCCCUGACUGGACCCAUUGAAGAGAAAUGUAUAUAAGACCCAGGCGCUUUGCUUAUGCC